GGAGGCGGUCACUGCUGCUGCGCUGGGCGCUGAGGCUAUAGGGGCCAUGCGGACCACGAAGGAGCCCGGAGCCCUCAGCCCGGCGCUCCUCCCUCACGUGGCAUCGACUUGGCGGCCCCUGGAGUAACCGCUGCCUUUGUUCCGAGCGCCUCGUCCCUCCUGUCGCCCCAACCCUCUGGCCACCGCGCUCCGGCCGGCCCGCGCUCGGUCCCCCGAACCCCCUUUCAGCUCGCACCGCGCGGAUGUGGCUGCCAGACCUGGGUUUGGGUUUUGAGAGGGAGGUGGUGGAGGAGCGGCGGCCCCUGGGCGGCAUGCGAUGGGGAACUGCUGCUGGACACAGUGCUUCGGGCUGCUCCGCAAAGAAGCGGGGCGGCUGCAGCGUGUAGGAGGCGGCGGAGGAUCCAAGUAUUUUAGAACAUGCUCAGGAGGUGAGCACUUAACUAUAGAGUUUGAGAAUCUAGUAGAAAGUGAUGAAGGGGAAAGUCCAGAAAGCAGUCAUAGACCUCUUACUGAGGAAGAAAUUGUUGACCUAAGAGAAAGACAUUAUGAUUCUAUUGCUGAAAAACAGAAAGACAUUGAUAAGAAAAUUCAAAAAGAGCAAGAAAGGCAGAGAGUUGCACAGCGAUGUCAUCCUUCCAACAAUGGAGAAUAUCGAAGUUCAGGACCAGAAGAUGACUUUGAAUCUUGUUUGAGAAAUAUAAAGUCACAGUAUGAAGUUUUUCGAAGUAGUAGACUCUCGUCUGAUGCCACAUUUCUUACACCAAAUACAGAAAGCAGUUGUGAUUUAAUGACCAAAACUAAAUCAACUAGUGGAAAUGAUGACAGCACAUCCUUAGACCUAGAGUGGGAAGAUGAAGAAGGGAUGACUAGAAUGCUUCCCAUGAGAGAAUGUUCCAAAACAGAGGAAGACAUUCUCCGGGCAGCACUGAAGUGCAGCAGCAAGAAGACUGGAAGUAAUCCGACAUCAGCCUCUGAUGAUUCCAAUGGGCUGGAGUGGGAGAAUGAUUUUGUUAGUGCGGAAAUGGAUGAUAAUGGCAAUUCUGAGUAUUCUGGGUUUGUAAAUCCUGUAUUAGAACUGUCUGAUUCUGCCAUGCAGCAGUAUGAUACAGAUCAGCAGACUCGAUAGGGUAAAAUUGUGUGACCUUGUUUAUCAGUUAUGACCAAAUGUUAAAAACCAACUAGAAUGUAUAAAUGGUUGUGCUGAGCCUUUUUGUAAGGGAAGGGAAAAACCAUGUUGUAAAUGCUUAUUUUGUUAGAAAGCAGUAGGAAUGAUAGGAUAGAUCUGACUUGCUUCAGAAUUAAGUGCAAUUUCAUCAUCUGCCUUCUGCUUUUCCAGACCAAUUUAUUGGUUCUGUCAUGUUACCAAUUACAUUAUUUUAGCUCUUUUCUUUAUAGCAUUGUUUCCUAUUGGAGAUUUUCACUUUUCAAAAUAUUGUAUUUUGAAUGCUUUAAGCCUACUUCAUUAUCUGUGAAAAUAUUAAGGCCUUUUUUUUUUGUGAAUUCUCAGCAGGUGUGAAGGGAGCAUGAGGAGGGACAAAUUGAAAAUAGUGUUCCCUUUUCUAGUGUUAUUUAUUUCUGUGACUACUUUGAGUUUUAUUGUCUAAUAGUAAGCACAAUUAAUUUGAGUAGAUGACUUUAGGAAAUGCGAGUAGCAGUUUCUUUCUAUACUUAUAUAUCCUAGUAUGAUAAUAUUGAUUACAUCUGAAGAAAGGAUAAUAUGAUAAAAAUAAGCUUUCAGAGUUUGGACAUUUCAAGUUGGAUAUAAUAAACAAUACUAUUUAAGAAAAAGUAUAUAUUUUGGUUUUUCACUUCAUUUUAUGUGCCAUUAUAUUGACUUUGAAUUGCUAUAUUAAGUUUUUAGGUGUUGCUAUUUUUUUAAAUUCUAUAUUUCCAAUAAAUGAUCUUAGAAAGAUUUUACACAGAACAUAUUCUCUGCAUGAUUUAAGAAAGAAACACCUAAAAGAGUAAUACGGGUAUUUUAGAAUACAUAAAAUCUUUUUUGGUAUGAAAGUCUUCAUUGAUUUCAUUAUAGUUUCCUUGCCUUGUAGUACAAGGUGCUUUGAUGGGAUGUAACUAAGUUUCUCAAUAUAUAUACCUGCAUUUUGUGAUAGACAAUUACAUCUUCUUUACCCCAAAUUGUAUGCAUCAAUACAAAAAGCCAGGAAUAUAAAACACACUCUAAUUGCUUUCCUUGAUUUUGCUGAGGAUUGAGUAUGGUUUUAGUAAUAAACAAAUUGUUGUUUGAUUUUCAAAAAAAAAAAAAAGAAACACAUCUUUCUAACAAUGAUGCAUGCAGUUUGAAAGUGAAAGGUUGGAAAAAGAUAGUUCAUGCCAACAGAAACCAAAAAAGAGCUGGUGUAGUCAUCUUAAUAUCAGACAAAAUAAACUUUAACACAAAAACUGUUAAGAGAGACAAAGAGGGGCAUUAUAUAAUGAUUAAGGGAUCAAUUCAACAGGAAGAUGUAACUAUUAAAACCAUAUACACACCUAAUUACAGGGCACCGGUUUAUUUAAAAGAUAUAUUUAGGAACUUAAAGGGAGACUUAGACUCCAAUACAGUAGUAUUGGGGGACUCUCAGCAAAUUCAAAAGAAUUGGAAUCAUACCAUACAGCUUCUCAGAACACAGUGAAAUGAACCUGGAAAUUAGCAACUCAGAAAACCCUAGAGCAUAUGCAAACAGAUGGAGACUGAACAACAUACUCUUGAAUGAACACUUGGUCAUAGAAAAAAAUCAAAAGAGAAAUCAAAAACUUUUUGGAAGUAAAUGAGGAUAACAGCACAAAAAAAAUACCUAAACUUAUGGGAUACAGCAAAAGCAGUGUUAAGAGGAAAAUUUAUAGCAAUAGGUGCCUACAUCAAGAAAUUGGAAAGGCACCAAACAGAUGAGUUUUCAAUUCAUCUCAAGGAUCUAGAAAAACUUCAGCAAACCAGACUCAAAACCAGUAGGAGAAGAGAAAUAAUUAAAAUUAGAAAAGAAAUCAACAGAAUUGAAUCAAAAAAAUUACAAAAUAUCACUCAGCAUGAUGUGUUCCAGAUUCCUCCAUUUUGUUGCAAAUGACUGGAUUUCGUUGUUUCUUACUGCGGUAUAGUAUUCUAAAGAGUACAUAUCCCAUAAUUUCUUUAUCCAGUCUAUCGUUGAUGGGCAUUUAGGUUGGUUCCAGGUCUUAGCUA